AUGGUGCGGAAAUCCAGAGCGGCCAUAUUGCCUACCAAUGUUAUUCUGCUUCAGAACCUAGUUAAAAGAGAUCCUCAAUCAUACCGUGAGGAAUUCUUGCAGCAGUACUCUCAUUAUGAAUCGCUGAGAGACAUUUUCAUGCUUAAUGCAAUGGAAAACCAGGUCGCUGAUGAUUCCAAUACAAGCCAGUUUGUGGAGUUGGUUGGAUUUGUGAGCCAAGUCUGCUCGUGCUUCCCAGAAGAAACUGCGAACUUUCCAAAUGAGCUGAGACAGCUGGUUCUCGAAUACCAUAAGUCUUUGCCUUUUGAAGUUAGAGAGAAAAUAAUUACGAGCUUAACGAUGCUUAGAAACAAGGGCGUUAUUUCAGCAGAGACCCUUAUCCAGACAAUGUUUCCACUUCUAAUCGCCUAUUCAUCGCAUAGCAAUGCGUUGGGGCCAAACUCGCAUGCCAAGGAGGUGCGUAAGCUGGUUUACAGUACCUUGAUAUCUCUGCUAAAGAAUUGUAACACGGGGUCUAAGAACCAGAAGCUCAACAAGUCCACGCAGGCAAUCUGUUUCAACCUUUUGGAACAGCCCGACUCGCAAGGUGUUUGGGCGUCGAGAUUGACGCGAGAACUUUGGAGAAGAGGUAUCUGGGACGACUCAAGGGCUGUUGAAAUCAUGACUCAGGCGGCCCUUCACGAUGACGUUAAAAUCGCUUACUCAGGUGUGCUAUUUUUCCUUGGCGCUGACAGAGAGCGUGAGGAAAACUUCGAGGACAACUCUGACGACGAAGACAUUGAUGUGGAUGCUCUAAAGCACAAGAUGCAAAUCAACAAAAAGAGUGGCAAGCGUGGUAAAAAGCUAGAAGCAGCAGUGAAGUCUGUAAAGAAGAAGAAGGCCGGAGCCAAAACCCCACAAGGAUUUUUGAACUUCAGUGCAAUCCACCUGUUACGGGACCCCCAAGGUUUCGCUGAUAAGCUAUUCACUAAGCAGCUGUCAAGCAAAAACAACAACCGUUUUGACAUAGAUCAGAAAAUCGCUCUGAUGCAGCUGCUUUCGAGACUGAUCGGUACCCACAAGCUGAUGGUCCUGGGCAUUUAUUCUUUCUUCUUGAAGUACCUGACGCCAAAGCAAAGAGAUGUAACAAAGAUCAUGGCUUCUGCCGCUCAAGCUUGUCACGACUUGGUGCCCCCAGAGACCAUAUCGGUGAUGGUGCGCAAGAUUGCUGACGAGUUUGUGAGUGAUGGUGUAGCAUCGGAAGUUGCUGCAGCUGGUUUGAACACAAUUCGCGAGAUAUGUUCGCGUGCUCCACUAGCAAUCGAUGAGACCCUGCUCCAGGAUUUGACGGAGUACAAGGGCUCCAAAGCCAAAGGUGUCAGCAUCGCCGCAAAGUCGCUUGUGUCGCUGUACCGUGAAGUCGCGCCAGAGAUGCUAAGGCGUAAGGACCGUGGUAAGGUUGCUUCCAUGGAAAUGCAAGAUGCGUCUCGCAAGGGCAAGGAGUCGCGCAGACCUAAGUUCGGUGAAGAAAGUCAUGUUCAGGGUAUCGCAGGCAUCGAGCUGCUGGCGCAAUGGAAGAAGGACAACGAGAAGGUAGACGACGAAGAAGGGGACGACAAGAACUGGGAGGUCGCCGAAGACUCCGACAGCGACGCAGACGACGACGAUGGCGAGUGGGUCACCAUGGAGAGCGACAAGGAGUACGACGUCGACAUGGGCGACAGCGACGAUGAAGACGCUAAAGCGGCGAAGAAGGCAGAGGCUGCCGAAGAGGAUGAGCCCGCCGCUCCCGCAGAAAAGAUUGAUGCUGAGACCGCGUUCCGCGAUCUGGCUUCCACUCGCGUGCUGACGCCUGCCGAUUUCGCGAAGCUGCAAGAACUGCGUACCGAGCAGGGUGUUGCGAGACUGAUGGGCGUUAGGAACGAAGAGACUGUUGACUCCGACCGCCUGGUGGGCCCUGUCAAGCACAAGAACACCAAGGAGGAGAGGCUGCAGAGUGUUCUCGAGGGACGUGAGGGCAGAGAAAAGUUCGGGUCCCGCAAGAAGAGCAGAGGCACCGAGCACUCUACCACGAAUCGUGAGAAGCAGCGUAAAAAGAAUUUUGUCAUGAUGAUUCACAAGAGAUCCGUGAAGGGCAAGCAAAAGAUGUCGCUGCGCGACCGUCAGAAGGUGCUGCGCCAGCACAUUACCAAGCAGAAGAAGCGGGGCUUUUAG